UGGUGAUUUGAAAGUGGAAACUCCCCGAGUCUGUCGUGUGCUGUCAGUGUAGCCUGGGGUUGCUGUUCAGUUUCUCUGUGGCUCUUGGUCCGGGCACAUCCCUUGCUGCUUGCUCACUCUGAGUCAGUGUGGCUGAACUCCGGGAGAGUCCGGUUCAUCUGUCCCGGGCCCGCUCUCUCUCUCUUUGCAUCUCUCCUCAAGUUGUUUUCAAACUGUAUAUAGGCUUCAGCUCCUACCUCUCUAAAACUGUUCUCGUUCUUGUUUCCUCCGUCUCCCAUUUUUUUUAAUGACUCGAUAACCUUUUGUACUCUGUUCUUAACCCACACCUCCCCCUUUCCUCCUCCCUUUCAUUUUCUCUCCUCUCUCCUUUUCUCUCCCUCCCCUUCUUUUGAUUUUGCUUUUCCCCUCUCAUCUCUUUCUCCCGGAUUUCCUGGUUGUUUUAUGCCCGGUGUCUGUCUCUACGUUGCCUGUGUGUGUGUGUGUCUCUCUCUCUCUCCGGACUCGCUAUGGCCGCGAUCAAAGCCUUGCAGCAAUGGUGCAAGAAGCAUUGUGAGGGCUAUCGAAACGUGGAGAUUACCAACAUGACGACCUCGUGGCGGGAUGGGCUCGCUUUCUGUGCGAUCCUGCACCACUUCAGACCCGAUCUCAUAGAUUUUGAUUCUCUUAAGAAAGAAAAUGUCUAUGAGAAUAAUAAAUUGGCAUUCCAGGUGGCAGAGGAGCAGCUGGGAAUCCCAGCGCUGCUGGAUGCAGAGGACAUGGUGGCACUGAGAGUCCCAGACAGACUGAGCAUCCUGACCUAUGUCUCGCAGUAUUACAACUAUUUCACAGGCCGAUCACCAAUUGGUGGUAUGGCUCACAUCAAGAGACCUGCUUCUGGUUCAGCUGAGGAACCUGUGCGGAAGAAGUCAACUCCUGAGACCCAACGUAAAGUGCCCAAGAACGCAGUUACUCCCACUGCUGUGCCAGCCUCUCAGGUUGCACCAACGAACAAAGUUCCUGCUGGUGACAGAUCCAAUAAAUCAGGGACAUUGUCCAGUAGCUGUGCCAUCUGCAAAAAAAACGUUCUGUUGGUUCAGCGAUACUUAGUAGAUGGGAAACUCUAUCACAGGAACUGUUUCAGGUGCAAGCAGUGCUCCAAUACCCUCAUGGCUGGUGCAUACAAGACUGGGUCGAUACCCGGGACUUUCAUCUGCACCAACCACCAAGCCAAUGUUGGUGAGAACAACAACAACAGCAGCAGCAGCAGCAGCUUUGUUAGCUCCAAGUUACAGAAGCCCAGCCCCAAGGCAGACGAGUCAGUGCCAACAGUCCACAAGCCGGUGGUGGGCCAUGUGACCAGCCCCACUGCAGUAACAAACACCCCCAGGCAGGCGGAGGUCUCGUCAACAGCUUUCAAACCAGGGGGCACUCACGCGGAGAGAAUGCAGGCUGCAAGGCAAAAGUUUAUGAGUUCGGGGACACCGGAAAAGCCGCCUUUGUCUGAUUUGGGAUCUCCAGCAAGCGCACUGCGUACUCCCGAUUCUGCACUAGGGCAGUUUGGUGGUGCAGAAACGAUAACACAGAGGCCUUGGUCACCUGGGAACCAGCAGGGCACCAACGUGUUGAAGAGUCCGACUGCAACCACCAGGUCCAGUUCUGACACGGACAAAGACAAGGCACGCUUGGUCCUGCAGAAGAAUUUGCCCUUUGACAAGAAUAACAACCUAAACCAAGGUGUCGCCUCGUCUUCCCGGUUUCACAUGGACAAGCCUUCAGGAACACAGCCCAUGAAUCACCAGACCACCAAGACUACAACUCUGAACGUAAGUGACCAGAAAAAUGUCCAGGCAGGAACCAGGCAAUCUACGUCACCAGAGCAAAGGGGCGAGCCCAGCAAUCCACAGGACAAAGCCUCUAAAUGGAGACCGACAUCUGCUUUGGAACUACCAUCCCGUCCGGUGCUCACAAAAGGUGUUGCCAACCCUGAGGCUGUGCUCAGUCCUUCAACAGGAAGUUCCUCACGAGGCACAUUAAACCGGGCUGCCAGCAUGAAUGAAGCAAUGGGUCGCGGAUCAACUUCGACCCAGCAGACAACCAGUAAAGGGAAUUUUUCCUACAGUCCGCAAAUCAUUACUCGGCAAGAGGCAGAAGACGCUCCCUCUGACUGGAGGUCAAAAUUGAAGCCAGUCCAAAAGCAUCACAGCUUUGGAUCCACAGACAUCAAACAAAUGCACAGUUCAUCCAUUAACGUGGAUAUUAAAAAGCCAAGUGCAUUUGGCAACACAGGAAACACUCCCUCUACACCCAAGACAGCUGCAGGCAGCAAUUGGACUCCAAGUUCGCCCAGCACAGGCGGUGGGAAACAGAUAGCGGUUACAUUCUCUAUCCAUAAUCCCAGCAACACAACAGUCUCCACCUCUCCUGUUUCCCCCGCCAAAGGGGUAUCUGGGACCGAAGCCAAAACGUUCCACUCCACACAGCAGAAGAGGGUGCUCAAACCAGCCGCAGAACUGUUGGCAGGAGUAAAGGAUGGCAUCCAGUCUCCAAUAGACAAGAGCCCUGUCGCAGUGUCCCCCUUUGAGAAGGACACAAGGAGGCCACAGGGUUUUGGGAGUAGCCAUCAACCUGCAUUAGACCAGGUCACGGAGGAAUCACCAGGGAGACAGAGCUGGGUCCAAGGCAAAUCAGCCACUGAGACAGGAAAGUCAGCAAGAGCAAAAUUCUUUGAAAGCAACUACAUUCCAGAAGAUCCCAAGAAAAGCCAAGGUCAUGGUGACUCUCCCACUACCCCUGAGAAGAGCACCUCCAGUCAGCGGAUAUCGGAAGAGGACAUUCGAAAUGAACUGCAGGAUAUCGGGAAGAAGCUGGACGCACUGGAACAGAAGGGGGUGGAGCUGGAGCCUCAGCUUCGGAGCUGUGAGGGAGAUGAAAACGAGGACGAGUUGAUGGUGGAGUGGUUCAAACUAAUCCAUGAGAAACAGUUACUGAUGAGACGAGAAUCGGAGCUUGUUUACAUAUCAAAGCAACAGAAUCUGGAGGACCAUCAGGGUCAGAUCCUGGAGGAGUUACGAGUGUUGAUGGAAAAAGCAGAAGACAGUAAAACCGAGCGAGAUCGAUUUCGUGAAAAGGAGCUGUUGGAAGAGCUACUAAGAACAGUGGAGGGCAGGAAUGAAAUCAUUGAUGGAUUGGAUGAAGACAGAGUGAGAGAAAUGGAAGAAGACCAGAUGAUGGAAGCCAUGAUUAAAAGGAUGGAUAUGAAUAAGGACACAGAACAAGACUUGAAGAAGAGGAACAAAUUCAAUCCACUUAAGUUUCUGAAGGGAUUUGCAGCCAAACCAAAGGGAAAAUAACUGUGUGCUGGUGUCUUCAGAAAUGGCCACAUACUCGUGACUUUUCUCAGUGCCAAGCUGCUAUUGACUGAGCUGCUACUGUCGCAAACUUGUAAUCAAAGGCAACUCUCUCAAAUGCUUAUGUGGCAUUAACCUUGUUCUCUGAAUAAAGGAAGCUCUUUGUGCUGGG